CAGCCACGCCUUACGACCACGCCUUUUAAAUGGCUUCCUCUAAUCAACCUUCAAGAUCUUCUCAUACAUGCAUAUUACUCCUUUUUGGCAUACCAGGCUCCGGAAAGACCACUCUCUCACGUGAGCUUGUUUUAAGGAAAAGCAGCCAGGAACACUCUGAUCAGCAUCGUGAAACGAAAUCGACUCAAUUUGAUAUUGUUCAUAUUUGCAUGGAUGACUAUUAUCCUACGGAUGAGAGAGAAGGCAGUGAAAAAAAUAGUGAUGAAUUUAUUAAUGAUGAUUUUGACUGGAAACAGUACAGGCAUAUUGUAACAGAAAAUAUUGACGAAUAUUUGAGUGGAAAAUCCAACGUAAUGUUUAGCACCGGAGGAGAAAUAAAAGUGGAGGGAGAAAAGAAUGAAGUAAUCAAGUUGUUAAUAAUAGACGACAAUCUUCAUCUUAGAAGCAUGAGGAAAGAAUUUGUCCAAAUUGCAAGGAAAUAUACAUGUGGGUUUGCAUUGGUGUACUUGAGCUGUCAACUUGAUUCAGCUAUAAAGAGGAACUCUACUAGACCAUUUCCUGUACCACAUCAAACUAUAGUUAACAUUUAUCAGAGGAUUGAACCACCUCAAGAAAAUUGGGAGAGACAUGCAAUCACUAUUGAUUCAACAAAUAAUGACAAAGAAUGGAUUGAAACUGCAUGUAGUAGAAUCCUUAAAUUGUGUCAAGAUGCAAUAGAAGAUCCUCAAAUGCCUCAACUUGAUUUGACUGCUGAAAGAGCUGAAUCUCAGAGAAUAACAUCAGAAAGUCUAAUGCACCAAGCUGAUCAAAUACUGAGACAAUUUGUAUCAAAUGAAAUCAAAUCAAUUCAAGAAUUAGCAGAUAAGAGGAUUAUAAAGGAAACAGCACUAAAGGCAAAUGAAACAAGGAAACUAUUGCUCCAUGAACUACAGCAGGACAAACAAAUGCAGCUAACAAGUAAUGAAGAGCUAAAACUAUUUUUAAAAUUAAAGUAUGAUGAAAUAUUUAAAAAAUAACCAAGUAAUAAAGUUGUGUGGGUGUUGAUCACUAUAAAAGAGUGCAG